CACUUUGAAAAAGAUAAGACAAGAGACGGCUGAAAGAAAUCUGAACAUGAAUAUUUAGUGGACUACAAUUACAUUUUAAGGGGUUGGAUGGUUGAAAUGGAUACCCUGUAAAGUACGGUUAUGGAAUACAUGGAGCUUAGCAGGGAAUUGAAAAGGUUAAUACAAGAUAACACUGCAGAUCCAAAUCAGGAAUUGUUUGAAUGGGUAUCGACAGCAGACAAACAGUUAAUUGUAUUAAAGGCAAAAUUAGAAGGGGAAAAUAUUGACAGAAUGUCUGUCAGUAGUACAUAUAGCGAUGACGAUGAGAGACCAAACUCUGACGAAAGUAUCAAAAGACUCAAAGAACUGCAGUAUGAAAAGAAGAGGCUUCUAAAUGACUUAUCAGAACAAGCUGGUAUGCGGCUGACAAACAACAACCCAGGGAUUGCCAACUUAGGUGACGACAACAGACCCAGUAAGAUAAGUGAGCGGUUCUCAGAACUUUAUGACAACCAUUGGACAGACGCUAUGGAAGCUUUAGACGGACACAAAUUCCAAGAGAGAGAAAGCAUAGAAAUGUUGUUAGAAGUUUUAAACGCUAUAUAUGAAGACUGUAAACUCCAAAGGGAGAAAAGAUUAAAAUCGUUUGCCUCAUUGGUACUGGGUGUCAAGCUGGAGGAAAACCACGAUUCAGGCGAAAACAUAGACAUAUACCAAAAUGUGGAAAUGGGUCAAAAUGGUGGAACAAAAACGCCAAAGAAGGAUGACGACAUCAGAUUACAAUGUUCGAGAUAUCUGUCUGCAAAGGAUAUCAAUUACACACAAGAUAAACAUGUCAAGAAGAAAUUAAAGGAGACUAUGUACAGUUUGCUGAAUAAGAAAUUUGUUGACAAGAAGCGACAAGAAGUUUUGAACCACAAAUCAUUAAAACAAUAUAUUGAUCAGUGUUUUGAAGUUUGCUGGUCGAUAUGUUUACAAAUACCACCAGUUGUUAUAGUUACAGACAUUAAGAGAGUAGAUCUGUUUCGAUCGUACACAAAAUCCGGUGACGUCAUUGAUCAUGUGGUUUGGCCUGCUCUGUUAUUACACGAAGAUGGACCUGUUCUGUACAAAGGCGUUGCGCAAAUGACGUCAGACGCAACAUCGGCCCCUACAUAUGAGAAUUUGUAAAACAUUUAGAAAAUACGCUAUUAAUGUUUGUAACAAACUGUUGAAAGACCAACUGCAGGUUGUUUUGUUGGUACAUUUUUUUCAGUUAACAAUAUGCAGGGUUUAAUAGGAUAAGUCAGCCAAUAGAUCUUUUUAUUCACCGUUACUAUAAUUAAAUAACCAGAGUAUGUAUUUAUAAACCACAAGCAGAGAGAAAAAAAUGAAGGAACCAUAUCAAGUGAAAGAAGUUCUCACCUUUACAGACAAAUCUUUGUUUCAUUCGAUAUCCGGAUAUAUAAUAUUUGCUGAUACUGAUUCAAUGCUUAAUCAAAAUCUUUCUACUUUAUGAGAAUUGUGUUCUUGAAAGCAAAAAAAGAAGGUUUAUGAUUUUCAAUGUCAAAUGUUUUCAGAAGAGGUUUGAAUUAUAAGAAUUGCUGGCGUAUUUUUAAGUAAUGACCUUUGGUGGUUCUUACAUUUCGUUUACUUUGCAAUAGACUAUAUUCGAUUAAAAACAGUAUCAUAUUUCUUUAUUGUAAGAAAACAAAUAUAAUGUAUUGAACCAUACAUGUACAUCUGUCAUAUUCUCUGUAUAUUUGUAUAUGUUUAUAGAUAAAAUAUAUAACGAAAUUUAGCCAAUUUUAUGUACAUAUAGACUUUAUGUUAUGUGGAACUAGAGAACUGGUGUCAUUAUGGGCGUUCGUGUCUGUAUAUAGUCAUAAUUAUUUACAUUUAUUUUCUUUUGAUGUUAUUAUUUUUUUAUCGGUCGUAUCAGUCUAGUCUUAUUAUGUAAAAUAAAGUAUGUUUUAGAGAA